GUUAGCCCAGUGGAGGGGCGGGCUUCCGUGACAACUGCUGCAGGGACAGGUGCAGUGUGGGUCCCACAGAUAUGAACCCUGAUAAAGAGUGCAUGUGCACUUACUCUGCCCAAGAAUGGAGAGGAGAGAAGCCCAGCUCCCACCCUCCUGGGGUUCCAUUUGCAGCCUGAUCAUCUGCAGUCUUCCUGGCAAGGAAGACGUUGCAGAGCCUGCUUCAUUAAAGUGUCUGGGAGGAAGUUAAUAUUUACCAAUGGACUCCAAAGAAUCCUUAGCUCCCUCUGGCAGAGAAGAAGUCCCCAGCAGUUUGCUUGGCCAGGAAAGGGGAAAUGUGAUGGACUUUUAUAAAACCCAAAGGGGAGGAGCUACAGUGAAGGUUUCUGCGUCUUUAUCCUCACUGGCUGCCGCCUCUCAGAGAGAUCCCAAGCAGCGGAGGAGGAUUCUCCUUGAUUUUACAAAAGGCUCAACAAGCAAUGCGCAGCAGCAGCCCGAUUUGUCCAAAGCCGUUUCACUGUCCAUGGGACUGUACAUGGGAGAGACAGAAACAAAAGUGAUGGGAAAUGACUUGGGAUACCCACAGCAGGGCCAAAUUAGCCUUUCCUCUGGGGAAACAGACUUUCGGCUCCUGGAAGAAAGUAUUGCAAACCUCAAUAGGUCGUCGACCACCAGUGUUCCAGAGAACCCCAAGAGUUCAAAGUCUGCGACUGGGUGUGCUGCCCCCACAGAGAAAGAGAUCCCCAAAAGUCCCUCUAAUGGGUCCUCAGAACAGCAAAAUCUAAAAAGCCAGGCUGGCUCCAACGGUGGCGGCGUGAAAUUGUAUGCCACAGACCAAAGCACCUUUGACAUCUUGCAGGAUUUGGAAUUUUCUGCCGGGUCCCCAGGUAAAGAGGCAAACGAGAGCCCCUGGAGGUCAGACCUGCUGAUAGAUGACAACUUGCUUUCUCCUUUGGCUGGAGAUGAUGAUCCAUUCCUUUUGGAAGGGGAUGCUGCGAACGAGGACUGUAAGCCUCUCAUUUUACCAGACACUAAACCUAAAAUUAAGGAGACUGGAGAUACGAUCUUCUCAAGCCCCAGCAGUGUGACACUGCCCCAAGUGAAAACAGAAAAAGACGAUUUCAUUGAACUUUGCACCCCUGGGGUAAUUAAGCAAGAGAAGCUGGGCCCAGCUUAUUGUCAGGCAAGCUUUUCUGGGACAAAUAUAAUUGGUAAUAAAAUGUCUGCCAUUUCUGUUCAUGGCGUGAGUACCUCUGGAGGACAGAUGUACCACUAUGGCAUGAAUACGGCGUCCCUUUCUCAACAGCAGGAUCAGAAGCCUGUUUUUAAUGUCGUUCCACCAAUUCCCGUUGGUUCUGAAAACUGGAAUAGGUGCCAAGGAUCUGGAGAGGACAGCCUGGCUUCCUUGGGGACUAUGAGCUUCCCAGGCCGAUCGGUUUUUUCUGAUGGGUAUUCAAGCCCUGGAAUGAGACCAGAUGUAAGCUCUCCUCCAUCUAGCUCCUCAACAGCGACGGGACCACCUCCCAAACUCUGCCUGGUGUGCUCUGAUGAAGCUUCGGGGUGUCAUUAUGGUGUGCUGACAUGUGGAAGCUGCAAAGUAUUCUUCAAAAGAGCAGUGGAAGGUAGACAGCACAAUUACCUUUGUGCUGGAAGAAAUGACUGUAUCAUUGAUAAAAUUCGAAGAAAAAACUGCCCAGCAUGCCGCUAUCGAAAAUGUCUUCAAGCUGGAAUGAACCUCGAAGCUCGAAAAACAAAGAAAAAAAUAAAGGGGAUUCAGCAAGCCACUACAGGAGUCUCACAAGACACUUCUGAAAAUCCUAACAAAACAAUAGUUCCUGCAACAUUACCACAGCUUACUCCUACCUUGGUGUCACUGCUGGAGGUGAUUGAGCCUGAGAUACUAUACGCAGGAUACGACAGCUCUGUGCCAGAUACGUCCUGGAGAAUUUUGUCCACGCUCAACAUGUUAGGUGGGCGCCAAGUGAUUGCAGCAGUGAAAUGGGCAAAGGCGAUACCAGGAUUCCGAAACUUACACCUGGAUGACCAAAUGACCCUCCUGCAGUACUCAUGGAUGUUUCUCAUGGCAUUUGCUCUGGGUUGGAGAUCAUACAAACAGUCAAGUGGAAACUUGCUGUGCUUUGCUCCUGAUCUGGUUAUUAAUGAGCAGAGAAUGACUCUCCCCUGCAUGUAUGACCAAUGUAAACACAUGCUGUAUAUCUCCUCUGAGCUACAAAGACUGCAGGUAUCCUAUGAAGAGUAUCUCUGUAUGAAAACCUUAUUGCUUCUCUCCUCAGUUCCUAAGGAUGGUCUGAAGAGCCAAGAGUUAUUUGAUGAAAUUCGAAUGACCUAUAUCAAAGAGCUAGGAAAAGCCAUUGUCAAAAGAGAAGGAAAUUCCAGUCAGAACUGGCAGCGGUUUUAUCAACUGACAAAACUUUUGGACUCCAUGCAUGAUGUGGUUGAGAGUCUCCUUUCCUACUGCUUCCAGACAUUUUUGGAUAAGACCAUGUGUAUUGAAUUCCCAGAGAUGUUAGCUGAAAUCAUCACUAACCAGAUACCAAAAUAUUCAAAUGGAAAUAUCAAAAAGCUUCUGUUUCAUCAAAAGUGACUGCCUUACUAAGAAAGGUUGCCUUAAAGAAAGUUUAUAGCUUUUACUGUACAAACUUAUCAAUUUGUCUGUAGAUGUUUUGUUGUUCUUUUUGGUUUUGUCUUGUUUUGUUUUAAAUACGCACUACAUGUGGUUUAUAGAGGGCCAAGACUUGGCAACAGAAGCAGAUGAGUCAUCACUUUCAAGUGGUGGGAAAGCAGACAGUGAAGUGUAUUGGUUGGUGUACAGAAACUAAAAACAGUUACGUGGAGGCUUAUCCACUAUCAGAGAAGGACCGCACCUAAACCACCAGUGCCCAAAGUCCAUGUGAUCAACUUUCUGCUCAUACUUUCAGUUGGCUGGAUAAACCUUUCUGGACUUUUCUGUUGGUGUAUUUUUCCCAUGUAUAGUUAGGAUAGCAUUUUGAUUUAUGCAUGGAAACCUGAAAAAAGUUUACAAGUGUACAUCAGAAAAGGGAAGUUGUGCCUUUUAUAGCUAUUACUGUCUGGUUUUAACAAUUUCCUUUAUAUUCAGUGAACUACGCUUGCUCGUUUUUCUUAAAUAAUUUUUGUAUUCCAGUAUUGUACAGCUGUUUAAGAUGGGCAGCUGGUUCACAGCUCUCCUAUACGCUAACAUUAAUCUCCGUGUGAAAAUGGGUCGGUGCUCCUACCCUGAUGGCGCUCAGCUAUCAGAAGACCACAGAAAUUGACU